AUGGAUGACAGCAGAAAUAAGGAAUCAAGGCUAUGGAAUCAUCCAGGACCGUCAGAAGUAGUGUAUGUGGAUCCAUACGGAGCGGCACCUAAUUUAGCAUUCGUCGGUGACAUCAUUCUUUCUGUCGAUGAUAUUGAAAUCCAUGAUUCUAUGACAUUAAUAAGAAUCAUGCAUAAGCCAACACCUAAAGCUUCUGUAAAACUUCGGCGAAAUGCAUAUUCGCACUGUCGUCGCAUUCAGUCCACUAUUGAAACUUUGAUAAUGAAACGUGAAACUAAAUUGCUACGAGCUGUCAAUGUUUAUACAGUGUGUGUCCACGCGAGAGAAUUGAUACCGCCAGAUGAGAGCGACUUGUUAGGAUUAUCAGUGUCAUAUGAUGCUCGAGAACGACUUCAAGUAGCUUCAACUAAAUGUUGGGGCCUCGCUGCUAUUCACUUACGUCCAGGAGAUACUAUCAAAGAAGUGAAUCGUCAUCCAGUUGCAUCAAAAUCUAUGCUGAGAUAUUGGAUGUUGGCAAGCAUGGAGAAAAAUGGUUUCGUUGAACUACUUGUUCAUAGUAAUGUCGACCAAAACAUUGUUUAUGAUUAUGAACUCGAAAUGCCUGAAGACGUAGUAGUUAUAGCAGCAAAACAGAUACAAUCGCUACGAACAAUGUCUUCUAAACAACUGCAAGAAAUGAAAACAAUUUUAAGGAGGGAUUUAUCGCAUGACUUGCCACAUUCCAAACACAAAAUAUCAGUAUCUAUAUGCGACAAAAUUAUCGAAUUUCCCAUUGGAAGUGAUUACGAUCCAAAAAAGUUAAAAAAAGGAAGAAAAGGUCAAGAACUGGAAGAUACCAAGCAGAAAAAUUCUCUGGCCUCAGUUUAAAUGAAUUCUAAAUUUUAACCGAACUUUUAAUCCAAAAGUUGUGUACAUAGUUUAAUAAAAAGGAUACUUAACAG